UCGAACUCCUCAGAGUUGCUGCGCAGCAACUCCAGCCUUACGUUCUCUCUCUCUGGUUCUCGCCCCUUAGAGAACCUCGGCUCCACACGCUACUUUCCUGGAUGAGUUGUCCCCUCUUACCCCCCUAAAAUGUCCAAUAACCUACAGAGAGUCUUCCUGAAACCCGCAGAGGAAAAUUCAGGCAACGCCUCGCCUUGUGUUUCAGGCUGCAUGUACCAAGUAGUGCAGACGAUUGGCUUGGAUGGAAAAAAUCUUCUGCAGUUACUUCCAAUUCCUAAUUCUUCUGGGAAUCUUACACCGCUAGUUCAAUCUCCAGUCAUGUCUGAUGCUUUAAAGGGGAAUACAGGAAAACCAGUUCAAGUUACCUUUCAGACUCAGAUUUCCAGGCCUUCCACAAGUUCAUCAGUUCAAUUGCCCAUUUUUCAGCCAGCCAGUUCUUCAAACUAUUUUCUUACAAGAACAGUAGAUACAGCAGAAAAAGGUAGAGCUACUACUGUGGGCACUGAAAACUUAACUUCAUCAGUUUCUAAAGUUCAAAGUCAUGGUGUGAAAAUUGAUGGACUCACCAUGCAAACAUUUGCUGUUCCUCCCUCCUCAACACAAAAUGAUUCAUCUUAUAUUGUAAUUAAUACCCAGAGUCUUCCAAUGACUGUGAAGUCUCCAGUUUUGCCUUCUGGGCAUCAUAUACAGAUUCCAGCCCAUGCUGAAGUGAAAUCUUUACCAGCAUCAUCAUUGCCUCCUUCAGUUCAGCAAAAGAUAUUGGCAGCUGCAACCACAAGUACCUCAGGAACAGUUGAGGCAUCCCAAAUGCCAACCGUUAUUUAUGUAUCUCCUGUAAAAACAGUGAAAAAUGUAGUGACCAAGAACUUUCAAAACAUUUAUCCAAAACCUUUUACGGAAAUAGCAAAGCCGAUGAUACUAAGUACUACACAAAUUCCAAUGAAUGUUGCUACAGAGACACAAUUGAAAGGUGGUCAGCAUUCUCAGACUGCUCCAGUGAAAUGGAUUUUUCAAGAAAAUCUACAGCCUUAUACUCCAUCUCUUGUUCCUAUUAAGUCUUCAAAUAAUGUGGCUUCAAGGAUUUUAAAAACUUUCGUAGAUAGGAAGAGGUUGGGAGAUAAUACCAUAAGUAUGCCACCAUUGAGUACCAUCGGUCCUAAUGCAACACAAUCCAAAAGUAUGUCAAUUAAAGAUAAUGCUCUGGUUAUGUUUAAUGGGAAAGUCUAUCUAUUGGCUAAAAAGGGGACAGAUGUUCUGCCAUCACAAAUUGACCAACAGAAUUCUGUUUCUCCUGAUACUCCACUAAGAAAAGACACUUUACAGAUAGUGAGUCCAAAUCCAGUCACAGAAAUAUCCAAAGAGGUUGUAAAUAUUGUGUUGGCUAAAAGUAAAUCUUCCCAGAUGGAGACAAAAUCACUUUCCGAUACCCAGCUUGCUUUCAUGGCCAAUCAAAGGGCAGAGAAGAAUAAAAACAUUGAGAAAUUAUCUCCUUCUACCACAAAUCCACAUAAUAUGAAUCAAUCCAGUAACUGCUUAAAACAGAGUAAGACUUUAUUCACAAAUCCACUCUUUCCAGAUGGAUUUAGUACAGGACAAAAUGCCCCCAGAAAAGGAAAUAUCAUCCAGAGCAUAGAGAAAAUAAGUUCCUCUGUUGAUGCAACAACUAUUACUUCACAACAGUGUGUUUUCAGAGACCAAGAACCAAAGAUCCAGAAUGAAAUGGCAUCAACAUUAGAAAAAGGUACUAAAGAAAGAAACAAGAAAAUUUUGCAAGGAAGAAAUAAUAAGAUAUUGUCUCUGAAGAGUGAUGCUGAAUUUAAAAAGAUAUUUGGUCUCACUAAAGAUUUGAGAGUGUGCCUUACUCGAAUUCCUGACCAUUUGGGCUCUGGAGAAGGUUUUCAUGCCUUUAGCGGUUUGAAGAGUGAUGAUUACAAAGAUACAGAGUUUAUGGUGAAGGCAGAAGAAGGAAAACAGAGUUUUGAUAAGAAAAGAAAAGCAAAAUCCAUGAAGAAGAUGGAUCGCACAAAGAAGAGAAAAACUGAGAGUGCUCAUGACACAGUCAUAAAUGGGGAAACUAAUGUCACUAGUUACCAGCUCCAUAGUAGUGUUUUACCAACUUCAGAUGUAUCACAACAUAAUAUUCACACAAGCUGCAGCAAAAGCAGGGAAGAAAAGAAAACCGAGAUAGAACACCAUAUCCAUGAAAAGCAAGAGAAAGGCUCCUUGAAUUCGAAUGCAGCUUAUGAACAAAGCCAUUCCUUUAAUAAAAAUUAUGCUGAAGAUAUUUUUCCUACAACACCACCAGAGUUAGAAGAAACCAUUCGAGAUGAAAAAAUAAGAAGACUUAAGCAGGUGCUGAAAGAAAAAGAAGCAGCUCUUGAAGAAAUGCGUAAGAAAAUGCACCAAAAAUAAUAAAAUCUUUUACAUGUAAAGACUUCAAUUAAAUGGCUAUUUUGUUUUGUUUUUUUAAUUUCAGAAUAUU